AAAUGCAGUUGUUUAUAAAUUAUUUAAUGUUUCUCUGGGGACCGGUACUGGUCCACGGACCGGUGGUUGGUUGACCACUGAUAUAGAGGAUCUUUGCCUGGAGGUCAUUAAAAGCAGCGGUGUUGUUGACAUGAAGAGCAGAGGUUCCAAACCCCCUAGCAGUGAGUGCAAGGCCCUGAUUUGUCAAUCGCGUUGUGACGUCACACGCCGCGCAGAUUGACGUCCAGAGUCGGCGCAUCCCCAAACAUCAGCUCCAGAUGGAGUUGGAGCACGAUGGCAGCAGUGCCGCGGCAGGCGCGCCAGGCCGGGCGGGCUCACCUCCAAUGAGACGCGCGCCUCCGGCAGCAGGAGUCUCGGCAGCCCGUCAUGGGUGGCGGCGGCGACAACGCCACGGCCAUUUCCGAGGAGUGGGUGGCCGGCAUCAGCGUGGUGAUGGCGCUCAUCGUGCUGGCCAUCGUGCUCGGUAACGCGCUGGUGAUCGUGGCCAUCGCCAGGACGCAGAGGCUCCAGACGCGCACCAACGUCUUCGUGGUGUCGCUGGCGUGCGCGGACCUCAUCAUGGGCGUGCUGGUGGUGCCCCUCGGCGCCGAGCUGGAGGUGCGCGGCUCCUGGGCGUACGGCUCCUUCUUCUGCGAGUUCUGGAUCUCCGUGGACGUGCUGUGCGUCACGGCGAGCAUCGAGACGCUGUGCGUGAUCGCGGUGGACCGAUACGUCGCCAUCACGGCGCCUUUCCGGUACCAGAGCCUGCUCACCAGGGCGCGCGCUCAGGCGGCGGUGUGCGCGGUGUGGGGCGUCUCGGCGCUGGUCUCCUUCCUGCCCAUACUCAUGCACUGGUCCCGGGACAGCGCGCACACCUCCUGCUACGAGGACCCGGCGUGCUGCGACUUUGUCACCAACCGCGCGUACGCCGUGUCCUCCUCCGUCAUCUCCUUCUACCUCCCGCUGCUGGUGAUGGUCUUCGUGUACGCGCGCGUUUACCGGGAGGCGAAGCAGCAGCUGCGGAAGAUCGACAAAUGCGAGGGUCGCUUCCACAUCCACAGCUCGGCGGGGCAGUGCAAGAGGAAGCCGCCCCGGGUGGCCGCCCUGCGGGAGCACAAGGCGCUGAAGACGCUGGGCAUCAUCAUGGGCACCUUCACCCUCUGCUGGCUGCCCUUCUUCAUCGUCAACGUGGUGCGGGUGUUCGGCGCCGAGCUGGUGGACAAAGAUUUGUUCGUCUUCCUCAACUGGCUGGGUUACGCCAACUCGGCCUUCAAUCCCGUCAUCUACUGCCGCAGCCCGGACUUCAGGAGGGCGUUCAAGAGGCUGCUGUGCCGGUCGAGGAGGAGGCGGCGGCCGACGGGCGAAGGGAUGCUGCACGUCAGCUCCUGCGACCUGAGCCGCUACUCCGGCGGCUUGAUGACCUCCGCGGAGCCCGGAACACUCGGACUGUGGACGGACUGCAACGGGCUGGACAACAGUGACAGCAGCCUGGCGGGAACCGGAAAACUGUCCCGUUCCGAAUCCCAUCUGUGAUCCAAACUAAACUCUUUUUACUUACUUCUUAAAUAAGGACAACUAGGACAUUUGGAAAAUGGGAUCGUUUCUGUUAAGAAGUUUGUAUUUUUCUUUUCAUAAAAAUAUGGAUUUUUUUUCUGUUCAAAAAAUAUGGAUUUUUUUUUUUGUUGAAAAAUUGGGAAUUUUUUUUUUUGUCAAAAAAUCAGGAUUAUUUUUGUCAAAAUGUAGUUUUUUCCUCUCAAAAAAAUCUGGAUUUUUUUCAGUCAUUAAAAUCAGGAUUUUUUUUCCUGUCAAAAAGUCGGCAGUUUUUCCGUUAAUAAAAUCAGGAUUUUUCCCUGUUAGAAAAAUCGGGAUUUUUUUUCUGUCAAAUAAAAUCGAGAUUUAUUGCUGCAAAAAACACAUUAUUUGUUCCGUCAUAAAAAUCAGGAUUUUUGUUCUGUCAAAGAGUCUGCAUUUUUUUCUGUUAACAAAAUCAGGAUUUUUCUCUGUUAAAAAAAUCUGCAUUUUUUUCUGUCAAAUAAAAUCGUGAUUUAUUUCUGUUAAAAAAUCCAGACUUUUUGAUAGAAACAUGCCGAUUUUUUCUGUCAAAAAGUCAGCAUGUUUCUAUCAAAAAGUCUAUAUUUUUUUCCGUUCAAAAAUCAAUUUUUUCUGUCAUAAAAAUCGGGGUUUUUCUCUGUUAAAAAAUCUGGAUUUUUUCUGUCAAAAAGUCGGCAUUUUUCUAUUAAAAAGUCUGCAUUUUUCUCUUAAUAAAAUCAGGAUUUUUCCCUGUUAAAAAAAUCGGGAUUCUUUUUGUCAAAAAAAAUCGGAAUUUAUUUUUGUUAAAAAAUUUGGAUUUUUUUCUGUCAAAAAAUCGGGAUUAUUUCUGUCAAAAUGUUGUUUUUUCUGUCAAAAAGUCAUCAUUUUUUCUGUCAAUUAAAUCAGGAUUUUUCUCUGUUAAAAAAUCUGGAUUUUUUUCUAAGAAAAAAAAAAUCUGGAUUUAUUUUUGUUAAAAAAUCGGGAUUUUUUGCCGUCUAAAAAAAUCGGGAUUUUUUUCUGUUAAAAAGUCUGGAUUUUUUCUGUCAAAAAGUCGGCAUGUUUAUAUCAAAAAGUCUGUAUUUUUUCCGUUUUAAAGUCGGUAUUUUUUUUCUGUCAUAAAAAUCUGUGUUUUUUGCUGUCAAAAAGUCGGCAUUUUUUCUGUCAAAAAGUCGGCAUGUUUAUAUCAAAAAGUCUGGAUUUUUUCCGUUCUAAAGUCGGUAUUUUAUUUCUGUCAUAAAAAUCUGUGUUUUUUGCUGUCAAAAAGCCGGCAUUUUUUCUGUCAAUUAAAUCAGGAUUUUUCUCUGUUAAAAAAUCUGGAUUUUUUUCCGUCAUAUAAAAUCGGGAUUUAUUUCUGUUAAAAAGUCUGGAAUUUUACUGUCAAAAAGUCGUCAUGUUUCGAUCAAAAAGUCUGGAUUUUUUGCGUUCAAAAGUCGGUAUUUUUUCUGUCAUAAAAAUCGGGGGGUUUUUCUGUCAAAAAUUUGGCAUUUUUUCCUGUCAAUUAAAUCAGGAUUUUUCUCUGUUAAAAAAAUCUGGAUUUUUUCUGUCCAAAAAAAAUUCGGAAUCUAUUUCUGUUAAAAUGUCGAUUUUUUUCUAUCAAAAAGUCGGCAUUUUUUUCUGUGAAAGUCAGUAUUUUUUCUUUCAUAAAAAUCAGGAUUUUUUUCUGUAAAAAAAUCAGGAUUUUUUCUAUAAAAAAAUGGUAAUUUUUUUAUGUCAAAAAAUCUGAAUUAUUUCGGUCAAAAUGUCGGGGUUUUUCUGUCAUAAAAAUUUAGAUUUUUUUCUGUCAGAAAUUCGGGAUUUUUCUGUUAAAAAAUCUGGAUUUUUUUUUUCUGUCAAAAAUCGGGAUUUAUUUCUGUUAAAAAGUCUGGAUUUUUUCUGUCAAAAUGCCGGCAUAUUUUCUAUCAAAAAGUCUGGAUUUUGCUCAGUCAAAAAGUCUGGAUGUUUUCUGUCAAAAAAAAAUCGUCAUUUUGUCCGUCAAAAAGUCGCAUUUUUCUCUGUUAAAAAGUCGGGAUUUUUUCACUUCCAGUCACAAACUAAGGUCCAAAAAAAGUGGAAACAUCCUUUUUUGCUUUUACCUCACAACCUUCGGAAAGUGCAAUUGUUGCAGCUAUUAGUUUCUGUUAUUGAUGAUUAUUUAUUUCCGCUGCAUUAUCGAGUAUAAAUUAAGCGUCUUGUCUCUGUGAAGCUUUACAUGCUGUUGAAAUGUGCUGUGAAAUACUACUAAUAAAAGGAAAAUGGCACUGCU